GGAAAAUUGUUCGCGCCUGCCUAUUGUGUUGGAUAUACUGCACAUAACUCUCUGCAAUAUAUCGGAUCCAGAAGACAAGGAAGCAUCACUCAGAACAUCCAAUCGAAGCCAAUUUACCCGGCACGAUGCGCAUUUUCUCUGCCUUGAACGGCCUGCUCCUGGCAGGAGCCGCUGCGGCUCAGAGCUGCUCUCUUCAGUCAAACGAAUCCCAAGCCGUUGACUAUGGCUACGCGCUCUCUUACUUCCUCGACCGCUUCUAUUCGUCGGUCCCGGUCAAUCAGACCUUCUUGAGCAGCUCCCAGAAUGGCUCCAACUCGCAGUACUUCACCAACUUCCAGGGUAUUCAGAGACAGAACCGUCUGGGUGUGCGUGCUGUGCAACAACUUGGCUCGAAGCUGUCUGGCUGGAUCCCUCAGAAUUGCAGUUUCACCUUCCCAAGUGCCAGUGACGCCGACUCCUUCGUGCAGAACGCGCUCCAGUUGGAGUCAACAGUUGCUGGAGCGUACAUUGCCCUGGCUGGUUAUACCCAGGCCCCCGAGGCUUCGUUCUUGUGGGCUCGUUUGGCCGCUGAGCACACUGCUCACGCUUACUAUAUCGCGAGCCAGAACCAGACCGUUCUCUUCCCGACGAACAGCUCUUCGCUGGUGCCUGCAUACAGCCCGGGAUACGUUCUUUCCAACGGUACUGGUCCCGGCCAGCUUGGCUCAUACUUCCAAGGCUGCGUCACUGCUCCUCCAGUUCCGUGCGGCCAGACCUUGUUCAUCGGACCUCUUACUGCCACACUCGGUGCGAACGUCUCCGCAAGCGCAGCUGCUUCAAGCUCGGCCUCGCUGUCUGCAUCCGCCACUCCUUCGCCCAGCUUUGCGAGGAGGUUCUUCUAGAUUCGGUACUGCAUUCAAUAGUGGCGCUUGGCGCCAUCAAUGAAUCCCAAGCUUGUGUGGUAUCUCAGAACAAUCACUGCACAAAGAUAUUCGGUACAACAUUGAGGAGGAGAGGUAAUAACUUGGAGAUGGCGUCUAUUAAUAAUGCCUUAAUGCCCAAUCCUGAAAU